CCCGGGGGGGGAGCCCCGCCCGGCAGCCCCUCGGCCCCGGGAGCGGGGGCUUGGACAUGCUGCGCUGCCCCUCCUGCCUCCUCCUCCUCUGGGAGCCGGUGACCGUGUCCUGCGGUCACUCUUUCUGCAAGCCGUGCCUCGGGGGGGCCGUGCCCUCCCGCUGCCCCCUGUGCCAGGAGAGGCUGAAGCUGCUGGGCGUCGGGGCGGCGAGGUGCAACGUGGUGCUCUGCGGCCUCCUGGAGAAAUGCGUGGAGCAGGAGAGCCGGCUGGCCUGGCUGGCCGCACGCAUCCGGGACCGACUCACCCGUGGGGAUGCACGGGAAGCGCUGAGGAUGGCUCAGAAAGGGGUCGAGCUGGCCCCAGACGCCAGCUCCCUGCGGCUGUGCCGGGCAGAGGCGUUCGCGGCGUUGGGCCAGCACCCGCGGGCGCUGGAGGACUUGGACACUGUGUGCAGGGCUGAGCCUGGAAAGCAUGAGGGCUUCUUCAGGAAAGGGAAGGUGCUUCUGGAGAUGGGACAGAGAGCUGAAGCCCUGCUGGUAUGGGAACACUGCCUGACACUCAGUCCCCAUUUCCACCCUGCUCGGAGAGAGAUGCAGAAGAUCCUCAUGCGAGAGGAUACUCCUCAGCCACGCAUGGCUGCUGCAUGCCUGGGUGAUGCUCACUGGGGCUUGACUGGUCCUCAGGUCGAUGGAGGGAGCCCUGCGCUCCCAUCGUCUUCCGCACAAGCUCAGGAUCAGGAGGGAGAGCCAGCGGAUGGCAGAGGGGACGCUGGGUCUGAGCACGGCCAGGGGACAGCCACCCUUUCCCAGCCGGGGCGACGGCAGGAACCGGAGACUUCGGCAGAGAGGCAGGGCUGCUGGUUGGUAGAUAACGAAGAGGAAACAGCAGCAGCGAAGUGUACCCAGCCGUGCCUUGGCGAGCUGCUGAGCGUAUCUGACUUGGAGUGCUCCCUCUGCAUACGGAUGUUCUUUGAGCCGGUGACGACGCCGUGCGGGCACACCUUCUGCAAGGAGUGCCUCGAACGCUGCCUGGACCACCGUCCCAACUGCCCCCUCUGCAAACAGAGCCUGAGAGAGUACCUGAAGGCUGGAAGCUACAGCCCCACCGUGCUGCUGCAGGACAUCAUGCUGGCGACCUUCCCCGCACAGCUGGCUGAGCGCUGGGAGCUGCACCGGGCUGAGAUGGCAGAGCUCUCCAACCUGACCAAGAACAUCCCCAUCUUCGUAUGCACGAUGUCCUUCCCAGGCAUCGCCUGCCCUCUGCACAUCUUCGAGCCUCGCUAUCGCCUCAUGAUCCGGCGGUGCCAGGAGACUGGCACGAGGAGGUUCGGCAUGUGUAUAUAUGCGAAUGGGAAAAGUUUUGCUGACUACGGCUGCAUGCUGGAGAUACGGCAGAUCGAGCUGCUGCCGGACGGGAGGUCCUUGGUUGACACCAUCGGCAGGCGGCGGUUCCGGGUGCUGAGCCGCGGACACAGGGACGGCUACAACACUGCCGACAUCGAGUACCUGGAGGACAAGAAGGUGGCCGGGGAGGAGCUGCAGGAGCUGCAGUGCCUGCAUGAAAGCACCUACCGCUUGGCUCAGCGGUUCUGUGAGCACGGAGACCUUGCCUCCAGGCACACUUUGAUGCAGCAUGGACCGCUGCCAGAGAAGGAAGAGGACAUCCAGGCUUCGGCAGACGGCCCGACAUGGUGCUGGUGGCUCAUCUCCAUCCUGCCCCUUGACCCAUCCUACCAGCUGAACCUCUUCUCCACCACCUCCCUGCGUGCUCGCCUCACGCAGCUGCAGCGCAUCCUUGCCGCCCUGCUGCAGCAGCCCCCCGCCAGGCACCCGCUGCCCGAGCGCAGCCCCCGGGGCUGCGUCUGAGCCCCCCCGGCCCCCACCCUCUCUGCAGGGGAGACCUCCACCCCUUUGGGUUUCUCUGUGUGUUGCUUCAUGGUUUUGCAUGUGGUUUGAGCCCCCCCGAAAGCGACCUCAGUGAUGAGCUGAGCACCCUCUGCCCAGCUCGGCGGGGCCAGUGCCGCACCGACAGCAACACUACACCGUCCAUGCUGCCUCUGGGAGCUGCUCGGUGACACAGCCGUGCCGUGCCAUCGGAGGGGGGACUGGGAUGGAAAGCUGGGUUGUGUCUCGGGAACCAAAGUCACUUGCUCAGCUGCUUUGGUGCUAAGGAGGACUCUCCUUAGGGCAGAGGACCGAGUGCCAGGAUCGCCUCUUCCUCUUUGAAGGACAACGUAGGGUUUUUGGUAGAUGAUCCUGCUCUGUGCAGCAGAUUUUCAGGCUUGGGAGAGGUGGCAUUGGGAGGUAGAGAGGUCCCAACAGCUUCCCCCAGCCUCGAGAGCUGACGGCU